AAAAAAGAAGAAUUAUAGUGCCAUCAGCUCCGGCUGGAGCAGUUGGAAAAAAAGAAGAAUUAUAGUGCCAUCAGCUCCGGCUGGAGCAGUUGGAAAAAAAGAAGAAUUAUAGUGCCAUCAGCUACGUGCCUCAGUUCUAACAAAUAUUUUUAUACAUACAAAUACAGUAGUUUACUCUGAAAUAUAAUCUUGUCGUGUUUCUACCCCUACCGGACGAGGACUCAUUUAUAAGAAUUGCUUCACUCAUUUGAAACCCUAAUUUCAUCAUCUUCAUCUUCGAAUUCAACAGGGCUCUUUGCUUUCUCUUUCAAUCCAUUUGAUUUAUUAACAAUUUAAAUCAAUAAAUUAGUUCUAGAAAAUGGAUUCGGACGAAGAAGACUACGUAUUCUAUGGAACACCGAUUGAGCGUGAGGAAGAUGUCACCACUCGUAAGAAGAAAGCCGUAGCUGAGGCCUCUGGUCAGCUACGAACCCUCCCUUCAUGGAAGCAAGAGGUCAGAGAUGAAGAAGGAAGAAGAAGAUUUCAUGGAGCUUUUACAGGGGGGUAUUCUGCAGGUUAUUACAACACAGUGGGAUCGAAAGAGGGAUGGACGCCGCAGACAUUUGUAUCUUCGCGGAAGAGCAGGGCUGAAGUCAAAAAACAGAGCAUUUUCAAUUUUUUAGAUGAAGAUGAGAGAUCUGAAUUGGAAGGUCAGUCAUUGGGAACAUCCUCACAGUUUGAUACAUUUGGAUUUACAGCUGCAGAACUUGCUCGCCAACAAGUUGAGAAAGAGCAACAACAAAGGCCAUCAGCUAUUCCUGGACCUGUGCCAGAUGAAAUUGUUCUUCCAGCCACAGAGUCCAUAGGUAUAAAGUUGCUGCUGAAGAUGGGGUGGAGGCGUGGACGUUCAAUCAAGGAUUCCCAUGCUAAUUCUGUUUACGAUGCCCGUAGGGAAGCAAGGAAAGCUUUUUUAGCAUUUUCUUAUGAUGAUGCAAAAGCACAGGUUGCUCACUCCGAAUCUAUUCAGGAUGACCUUGAAAACUAUAUUGAGCAGCCUGCUGGUGAUAUUGUUCUCUCUUCUCAGGGCACUCAUGUCUGUGCACUGACCCCAAAGCAGGACUUGCAUGGCUUAGGUUUUGAUCCUUAUAAGAAUGCCCCUGAAUUUAGAGAAAGGAAAAGAUUGCGCACAUCUGGAAACAGGGAUCCUGAGUACAGGAAAGCUCUUUCAGGGAAAAACAGUCUCUUUGGUUUCAAGUCAGGAAAGGUUGCCCCUGGUUUUGGUAUUGGAGCUCUUGAAGAACUUGAUGCUGAAGAUGAAGAUGUCUUUGCCUCUGAGACUUACGUUCAAGAAAUAGAUGAACCAUCAACAAAAUUGAUGGUGGACACUAAACGAAAGUUGAUUACAAAUGAGAGAGGUGUUCUGCCUGGAUUUAGAGUUGCAGCAAAUGCUGACUACCUGCCUGAAAGAUUUGAUCCUCCUCUUGUUCCUAAGGAUUUUGUACCCCACCAUAAAUUUGAUGGGCCUCUUGAGACUGAUAACAAGGUUCCUGAUACUGGUCAGCCAGAAGUUUCUCCUCCCGAGGAUAGCAAUUUGAAACUCUUGAUUGAUGGAGUUGCAACUUUAGUGGCUAGGUGUGGUAAACUUUUUGAGGAUCUAUCCAGAGAGAAAAAUCAAUCGAAUCCAUUGUUCAGUUUUCUUCUUGGAGGAAAUGGCCAUGAUUAUUACAAAAGGAAGCUGUGGGAGGCGAGGCAGAAGCGAGAUGAUCAGAAAAAGCAUCAAUUGGAUGGAAAAGUAUCUUCAAGCACACAGAAGCUGACAGCAGAGAGCCGUGGAAAAAUCUUAGGAGAGAGGCCUUUGGAGCGAAGCUCCAAUGAUGCGAGUCCAUCUGUUGCUGUUGCUUCCUCAAAUUCCGUUAAUCUGCAGUACAAUCUUUCUGAUACAUUUACCACUCCUGCAUCGUUUAGCGAACUUCCACAAGCUGUGAAACCCUUCAAAGAUGAUCCAGCAAAGCAAGAAAGAUUUGAGCAAUUUCUCAAGGAAAAGUACCAAGGUGGGCUAAGAACUACCCAGUAUGCUGGAGCUAUUAAUAUGUCUGAAGCAACACGUGCGCGUGAGAGGUUGGACUUUGAGGCUGCAGCUGAGGCAAUAGAGAAGGGAACUUUGGGUAAAGAAACCAAGAUGUCUGCACAACAUAUUACAGGUUAUUUGGCUACUGGAGGGAUGCGGUUUACUCCUGGUGGGUUGGAGAAAGCUGAAGACACUCAUGCUGAAAUAACAAAGGAAAUAUACCCAGAAAGGGAAGAAUAUCAAUGGCGCCCUUCACCUAUUUUAUGCAAACGCUUUGAUCUUAUUGAUCCCCACAUUGGGAAGCCACCUCCAGCUCCUCGUACGCGUAGCAAGAUGGAUACUCUUAUUUUCACAGCUGAUUCUGUCAAAUCUAAAAAUGUGGAAGGAACUACAACAGAAAAUAGAGAUCCAUAUGCUAUACAUCAAUCUGAUGUUCAAGGAAUAAGCAUGGCUGACAAGGAAAUAGAAGAUGAGGUAGUAGUUGAAAAUGUUGAGAGGCCAGUUGACCUAUAUAAGGCCAUCUUUUCUGAUGAUUCAGAAGAUGAAGAGGACAAUACCCCUAGUCUAAAUAAAGUGGAUCAUCCAGAAAAGAAGGUGGAAGCAGCCAAUACAGCAUUAAGCCGUUUGAUGGCAGGUGACUUUUUGGAAUCCUUGGGUAAAGAACUAGGUCUAGAGGUUCCGCCCGAUCCACUCUACUCAACAGACAAAGCUGGGGCGUCUGUUUCCCAGAAAGUAGAUGAGAAUUCAGGGAAUGACAAGGUUCUGCACUUUCAAGCUAAGCCUCCUACAAACACUAACGUUACAAGUGAUCAUAUGGUUUCACAUGACAAGAAAGCUGAAAUAUUUCAUGGUGACUCAACCAAGAGCAGUAGACUGCCUGAGAUUAGCUCUUCUAAAAGUAAAAAUGAUAAAGUGAAUCCAAAAAAGAUUCUUCAAGAGGAUAGGAAAGUUAAAGUGGGGCACCGAAGUGCAAGUACCACUUCAUUAUCAGAAGAUGAAAGGGGUAGAAGACACUCUAGGCGACACCGGAAUAGAAACAGUGAUUCAGAUGGUGAUUCGGCCAGUGAUCAUCGGAGCCGUCACCGUUCUAGAUCAAAAAGGAGGAAAGAAUCUUCUCGAGAAAAUAGUCGCAGCAGCCGAAAGCAUUCCAAACACCAUGGCCAUAGAAGCAAGGCCUCUCCAAGUAGAUCUCAUUAUGCCAGUGAGGAGCGCUCAGAAUCCAAGAGGGAGAAACAUAAAAGGAGUUGAACAUGAUUUUAAGUUUUAUUGAAUUUGCAUGAACCAUCCAUGAAGAUCUGUCUACACAAGGAAAUGAGAUUGAAUCUCAAGUGUGAGCAUAUGCAGGUUAAAGUAAUCGGGAAGAUUUUUUUGAAUAAAAUUUUAGUUGCUUGGACCUUGAAGGGAGGAUAAUUCCCAAUCUUUAAAACUAAACUCUUGAAAGAAGGGAGAUGCCCACGUGUGUGUACACCUGAAAAGUAUCCGAUAAUCUAAUUCUGUACUUAAAAGAAAAGAAAAAAGAAACUCAAUACAGUUGCAUUUUUGAUCUAAUGUUGUAUGGGCUUCUUUUAAUAAAGUACUUUCUAUGCUAAA